CUUUGUUUUAAACUCUGCACGGCUUUUUUCUCCUCCUCUUGGGGGGGACCCAGAGGGAGCGGCGCCCCCUCCCCCUCCCGGCGAGCCCCCGCGUGCGCCCGCUCGCCCGCCGCCCGAGACGCAGACUUCACGAUGUAGCCCCGAUUCCAGACUGUCAUUUACAGAAAAUGGAAAAGGAACAAGGGGCAGAAGGAAGGUGCAGAAGCCAGCCAGAACUCAGAGUAAGGAGGGAUCAUCGCAUCCACUUGGUGGCCUGAAGCCUCCAUGCCACCGAGUGAGGAAGGACACGCAGACAUCCAGAGGAGAAGCCAAAGAUGUUGACCAGGAAGAUUAAACUCUGGGACAUAAAUGCCCACAUCACCUGCCGCCUGUGCAGCGGCUACCUCAUCGACGCAACCACAGUGACUGAGUGUUUGCACACAUUCUGCAGGAGCUGCCUGGUGAAGUACCUGGAGGAGAACAAUACCUGUCCCACCUGCAGAAUCGUGAUCCAUCAGAGCCACCCGUUACAGUAUAUCGGUCAUGACAGAACCAUGCAGGACAUUGUUUACAAGCUGGUGCCGGGCCUCCAGGAAGGUGUGAGCAUCUGUCUGGAAUGCAACAGCAGCAAACUGCGUGGCCUCAAGCGGAAGUGGAUCAGAUGCUCAGCCCAAGCAACUGUGCUGCACCUGAAGAAGUUUAUCGCCAAGAAGCUUAACCUCUCCUCCUUCAAUGAGCUGGACAUCUUAUGCAACGAGGAGAUCCUGGGCAAGGACCACACUCUGAAGUUUGUGGUUGUUACAAGGUGGAGGUUCAAGAAGGCACCCCUCCUGCUACACUACAGACCCAAGAUGGACUUGCUGUAAGCCCAGCCAGACUCAGCCCACACCCAGCACUCUACAUGGCAAAAUGUGCUAUGGAAUGUUGCCUCUGGGUGCCAUGCGGACCAGAUUUCUGAAUAGAGAAUAUUUAUAACUUUUGUAUGAGAGAAUCCACUCCCAACAAGACACUACCAGCACGCGUUUACAGAGGAUGAAAACACUUCGCAGUUUGCUCGUCUCUGCUCCAGGUCCACAGGCCAGAGAAGAAGUGAAACAUUAGCACGUCCCCACACCACGUCUGACACACAGCACCUCUGCUUGCUUUCCAGGUCUUGAGAGUCUUGAGCGCGUUUCAGUUGAGUUCAUGGAUUAGGUUUCAUGAUAAGCCUCAAAAACACUUGUACUUUUAUUAAGUUCUUCGUAAGUUAUUGAAAGUCUUUUGAUGGUAAA